UUUGCGUUUAUCUGGUGUGGGGGCGCUUGCGACUUGCGUGAUAAAAUCGCGGGGGUAUAAUAAAUACACGUGUUUUAAAAUAAAAAUGAUAGUGAAUGUGUAAAUAACAACGAAUAUUAGUUAAAAAUGAGUAAGCUGUACGUGCUCUUCGAGCACGCCGCAGGCUUCGCCCUCUUCCGCGUGGCGGAGUUCGAGGAGCUGGCGACGUUCUUGCCGCAAGUGGAGCAGUCUGUGACGGACUUGCAGCGUUUCAACUCAGUUGUGUCUCUGAUUGCGUUCCAGCCAUUCAAGUCCGCUAUUUUGGCUUUGGAGAACAUUAAUGCGAUAUCUGAAGGUAUUUUACCAGAAGAUUUGAACCUCUUCCUUGAGGGGGCGUUACCGAAACGCAAGAAGCGAUCAAAAUGCACGCUAGGUGUGCUGGAUCCCAAGCUUGGUGCAGCUAUCAGCGAAGCCCUGGAGAUUCCCUGCUCGCACAUUGGUGCAGUACCUGAAUUGAUUAGAGGUAUCAAGUUUCACUUCCAUGCACUAAUCAAGGGGCUCACGCAGAAAGCAUGUAGCGUGGCCCAACUCGGACUUGGCCAUUCGUACUCCCGUGCGAGAGUGAAGUUCAACGUGCACAGAGUGGAUAAUAUGAUCAUACAGUCUAUUGCGCUGUUGGAUCAGCUUGAUAAAGAUGUUAACACGUUUUCUAUGAGGAUCAGAGAAUGGUACUCCUACCACUUCCCAGAGCUCGUCAGCAUAGUCCCUGACAACCAUCUAUACACAAAAUGUGCGGAAUACAUUAAAGACAGGAAAUCUCUCACCGAAGAAUCAGUGGAGCCACUCACUGAGAUACUUGGUGACUCGGAGAAGGCCCAAGCAAUCAUUGAUGCGUCCAAAAUGUCAAUGGGAAUGGAUAUAUCGCCUGUGGACCUGAUUAAUAUACAAAUGUUUGCGGGGAGGGUUGUGUCGUUGAGUAAUUACAGAAAGCAAAUAUCGGAGUACCUUCACACAAAGAUGAACUCGGUGGCUCCAAACCUCACCACUCUCAUCGGAGACCAGGUCGGGGCUCGGCUGAUAUCCAAGGCUGGUUCGCUCACCAACCUGGCCAAGUAUCCUGCGUCUACUUUGCAGAUUCUUGGUGCGGAAAAAGCUCUAUUCCGAGCGUUAAAAACACGCUCGAACACACCCAAAUAUGGUUUAUUAUACCAUUCUACAUUCAUUGGUCGAGCCGGUCUGAAGAACAAGGGCAGGAUCAGCCGAUACUUGGCCAAUAAGUGUUCUAUAGCGUCGAGGAUUGAUUGUUUCUCUGAGAACCAGACAACAGUAUUUGGUGAAAAACUGCGUCAACAAGUUGAAGAUCGUCUGAAGUUCUACGAAACCGGUGACAUUCCUAUGAAAAACAUUGAGGUUAUGAAACUAGCUAUGGAAGAAGCAGAACAGCAGAGCCAAGAAGAGCCGAGCGCUAAAAAGAAGAAAAAGAAGAAGAAAGAAAAGAAAGAAGUAGAAGUUAUGGAGGAAUAGAGCGAAUUUUCUAAUGUGCCUUACAAUUUUGUUCGGUUGUGUUUGAAGAUUCGUUAUGUUCAGAGUUUAUUUUCACUGUAUGUAUUUUAUAAGGAAUAAAAAUUUACGAAAGUA